AGAAAGCCAGAUCAACAAAGAUGCAGACCAUGGAGAGGCGGAGCUUCCCUGCGUUGGUGGCCGCCACCGUCAUCUUAUUCCUCUCUGCGACGGCUCAACCAGCAGCCGGGGCCAUCGUCGAGCACACAUUCAUUGUGGGCCAGAUGAAUAUGACACAUUUGUGCAAGGAGAUGCUGGUCACCGUUGUGAACGGGCAGCUCCCAGGGCCGGUGAUAGAGGUUACUGAAGGAGACACUGUCGUUGUUCAUGUCGUCAACAAGUCACCCUACAACAUAACGAUCCAUUGGCAUGGAGUGAAGCAGCAGCUGAACUGUUGGGCCGAUGGGGUUCCAAUGAUUACCCAAUGCCCGAUCGGGCCAAACAACAACUUUACCUACACGUUCAACGUCACUGGACAAGAAGGCACCCUGUGGUGGCAUGCUCAUGUUGCGUACCUCCGAGGAACCUUGCAUGGCGCCAUCAUCAUCCGGCCAAGACAUGGGGUCAGCUCGUAUCCAUUUCCAGAGCCUCAUAGGGAAAUUCCCAUCGUUCUAGGGGAGUGGUGGCAAAUGGAUCUUCAAAAGGCAUCGAUGGACAUCAAGUACAGUACGGCUGAUGAUGACCCCAGUGCAGCCACAAUCAAUGGCAAGCUUGGGGAUCUCUACAACUGCUCUGGUGUCAAGGAAGAUGGCUUCGUGCUGGACGUGGAGGCAGGCAAGACCUACCUGCUGCGGAUAAUCAACGCUGCACUCUUCUACGAGUACUACAUCAGGAUUGCAGGCCACAAGUUCACGGUGGUCGCUGCCGACGCAAACUAUGUCAGCCCCCUCACCACAGACCUCCUCGCAGUCGCGCCUGGCCAGACGUUGGAUGCCUUGGUGGUCGCCAACGCCGCCCCAGGCAGGUACUACAUGGUCGCUUCGCCCAACCAGCCUCCUAAGCCCGAUUUCCAGCACCCAACGUUCACCACGAGAGGCAUAGUUCAGUAUACCAACGAGAACCAUAGCAAUGGAGGUAGCUCAGGUCCAGGAGCCGAAGGACCUCUAUCCCGGAAUCUUUCAGUAGUGGCACCUGAGAUGCCGGAUGAGCACGACACGAUGACAUCGUACUACUUCCACGGCAAACUAACCGCCCUGCAUCCCUCACGGUCCCUGCCGGUGCCGGCACGGGUCGAUGAGCACCUGCUCAUCGCGCUUGGCCUGGGCUCCGUGUGCAAGCGAGGCCAGUCUUGCAACAGGGGGGAGAGCGAGGAGACAUUCACCCUGGCAACCAUGAACAACAUCUCCUUCGAGCUUCCUGCGGCUACGGCGGCGGGACCGCUCCUAGAAGCGCACUAUUACAACACCGGAAGCUUGGACAUGCUGCGAGAGCUUCCCGACCGACCACCGAGGAUGUACAACUUCACCGACCCCUCGUUGAUACCAUCAGGACCCCGGGAGGCAAGCCUAGAGGCGACGUCAAAGGCGACGAUCGUGCGUCGGUUCCGGCAUGGCACCGUGGUGGAGGUGGUGUUCCAAAGCACGGCGAUGUGGCAGAGUGACUCCAACCCGAUGCACUUGCACGGGCACGACAUGUUCGUGCUCGCGCAAGGGCUCGGCAACUACAAUGCAGCAACGGACGUGGCGAAGUACAACCUCGUGGAUCCACCGGUGAGGAACACCGUCCUCGUCCCAAGGCUCGGGUGGGUUGCUGUCAGAUUCGUCGCCAACAAUCCAGGGGCAUGGUUCGUGCAUUGCCACUUUUCAUUCCACCUGUCGAUGGGAAUGGCCGCGGUGUUUGUAGUAGAGGAUGGGCCAACAGUCAACACGUCACUCCCUCCACCACCAGCGGAUUUUUUGACAUGUUACCGUAAAAACAAUCCUGUGGCGGAUGAAUUUGACAUCCGAUCUACAAAAAGCGAAAUCCCGGACGUAACUGGAGCCUAAAAAGAUGAUUCCGGCCAUCAUUGUUGUGUCACAAACAGAGCCAGGAGCUAGCUUUGUACUACAUUUUUCUGCAUGUUGGGUAUCUACCUAUCCAUGCAUGCAUGAAAUGCAUUCUUGCAAUAAAACUUCCGGUAUUACUUUAUAAAUAAGGAUAUUAUCUUGUUGUA